AUGAUGCCCGCCGACCGGUUCAUAUCGCAGACCGUCCUGAGGAACCCCAGGGACGCCAUCCGCGCCCUCAAGUCCUGCGAGGGCCUCCUCCCCCUCGCCGACGACCUCGGCCUCCUGUCACGCUGCGUGGACGCCAUCGCCGCCAAGGCCGCCGCGUCCACGCCCACGGCGCUCUUCGGCUGGCCCAUCGCCGACGACGCCAGGGACGGCGACCGCCGGCGCCGCCGCCGGGGCCACCUGGAGCACGGCGUCGGCCCUGAGGUCAUCGAGGGGGCGCUCAUUGCGUACGCCAAGCGGUCCAUACCAGGGCUGUCGCGCACUGGCAGGCAUGUCGGCGGGGGUGGGGGCGCCGUCGCUGCGCCGCCUUCGUCCGAUGGGGAGCAGAAGGCGCUUCUCGAGACCGUCAUUGCCAACCUCCCCGAGGAAACCAUCAAGAGCAGUGCCCACACCGGCACGGCCGUGGGCGCCACCACGGCGCGCAUCCUCUUCGGUCUCCUGCGUAUGGUGAACAUUCUCCACGCGUCAGAGGCGUCACGGGACAUGCUUGAGCGGCGCACCGCCGCGCGGCUGCCCGACGCGGCCGUCGACGACCUUCUCAUCCCGAGCUACUCGUACCUCGUGGGGACGCUCUACGACGUGGACUGCGUCGAGCGCAUCGUGCCGUAUUUCCUGGAAGGCCGCGACGUCGCUGACGAGGGCAAUGAAGAGGAGGGCAGUGAAGCGGAGACCCCAGGCAGAGAAGCUAGCCGACGAGCCAUGCUGGCCGUGGGGAGGUUGGUGGAUGCCUACUUGGGGGAGAUCGCGACAGAUGCCUACCUGAAGCCGGACAAAUUCUGCGACCUCGCCUGGGCGUUGCCGGACGGCGCCCGCGUGUACGACGAUGGCCUUUACCGAGCUGUCGACAUCUACCUCAAGGCUCAUCCGGGUCUCAGUGAAGAAGAGAAGGAGAAGGAGAAGGUGAGCGGCGUGGUGGACGGGCGCAAGCUGACACUGGAGGCCUGCACGCACGCGGCGCAGAACGAACGGCUACCGCUUCGGACGGUCGUGCAGGUGCUCUUCUUCGAGCAGCUCCAGCUACGCCGGGCCAUCGCGCGUACCAUCACGGCGAACGAAGGCGGCGCAGCCGGGUCAGGGGAGGAAGGCGAUGAGAGCGACGGUGGCGGGACAUGGCGCGUGGCGGCACGGGGCAACCAGAUGCUGCGGCUCGAUAUGGACAGCAUGCGGAACCGCGUGCAGGAGCUCGAGCGUGAGUGCACGAGCAUGAGGAAAGCCAUCGACAAGAUGGACCGGCGAGGCGGGGCACCGGUGGAUAGGGGAGCGCCGUCCGUGCCGGCGGAUGGGAGGUGGGGCGCGAUAGUGACGAAGCGGUUCGGGUGCAAAUUCCCGGCGCAGGUCUGCCAGUCGCAGCAGCGGACGGUGGUGGCACGGACUCGCCGGCCACGCAUUGAGCAGAGCCCCUGA